AUGUCGGGUGAAUGGAGAGGCAUUGUGGAUGCUUCUCGAUGCGACAAUCGAAGCUUGGCUACGCUCUCCAGUGGGAGGCUUCUGAACGCGUCCAUGCAUUCACAUCGGUCGUACAUGUCCAUAGUGGCGGAAGAGCACCAUGGUGCAGCAGCAGCAGCAGCAACAGCAGCAGCAGCAGCAGCAGCAGCAGACACUCAACUACCUACUGUAUUGGCUCAGUCCACACCAAUGCGUGCAAAUUCAGCCUGCCUAAAUGCAAUCGGCCUCGAUUAA